AUGGACGCAGGAAAGAGCAAAGGAGGAACGAUGGGCUUGAGUUAUCCCAUGUUAACCAGAACAAACUACACAGUAUGGUCGAUGAAAAUGAAGGUCUUCAUGCAGGCACAUGGAGUCUGGGAGUCAAUAGAACCAAGCGACCUGAAGGCUGCUGUAGAAGAAAGACUGGAUAAGAUUGCUCUUGCCAUGAUCUACCAGAGUAUACCAGAAGAAAUGUUACUCUCUCUUGCAGAAAACAAGAAAGCUAAGGACGCUUCGGUGGCGUUAAAGACCAUAUGUCAAGGUGCAGAUCGAGCAAAGGCGGCCAAAGUUCAGACCCUUAAGGCUGAAUUUGAAUCCCUGAAUAUGAAAGAUGCAGACCAAUUGGAUGAUUUCUGUAUGAAGAUCAAUGGGAUUGUAACAAAUAUUCGAGCACUGAGUGAGGACAUAAAAGAAUCCUAUGUGGUGAAAAAACUGCUACGUGCAGUUCCUUCUAAAUUCUUGCAGAUAGCGUCGACCAUAAAGCAAUUUGGAAAUUUGGAAAAAAUGACGGUGGAGGAAGUGAUGGGAUCGCUUAAGGCACACGAAGAAAGAAUGAAGGGAAAUAAUGAAAACAAUGGUGGCCAGCUGUUACUCACGGAGGAGGGUUGGCUUAAAAGGGAGGAUGAAGAAAGGAAACUUUUACUUACUAAAGGGGAAUGGCAAAAACGUAUGAAUAGAGGAGGAUCAGAAGGAACAUCAAACAUAAGGAGUCGUGGCGGAAGAGAUAAGAGCAAAAUCAAAUGUUAUAACUGUAAUAUACACGGUCACUACGCUGCUGAGUGUAGAAAGUCAAAACGUACAAGGGAUGUGAAGCAAGAGGCAUUCAUGGCACAAACAGACGACGAUGAACCUGCUCUACUAUUAGCAAAACACCUACAUGACAACGAAGAAAUAAUGCUGAAUGAGGCUGGUGCCAAAACUAGCCACUGGUAA